AUGUCUGUGCAUUAUUGUGACUCCUGGUACUGUCUGUCUGUCCAUAAUUGUGACUCCUGGUGCUGUCUGUCUAUGCAUUACUGUGACUCCCGGUACUGUCUGUCUAUGCAUUAUUGUGACUCCUGGUAUUGUCUAUCUAUGCAUUACUGUGACUCCUGGUAUUGUCUGUCUAUGCAUUACUGUGACUCCUGGUACUGUCUGCCUGUGCAUUAUUGUGACUCCUGGUACUGUCUGUCUAUCCAUUAUUGUGACUCCUGGUACUGUCUGUCUAUGCAUUACUGCGACUCCUGGUACUGUCUGUCUACGCAUUACUGUGACUCCUGGUACUGUCUGUCCAUUAUUGUGACUCCUGGUGCUGUCUGUCUAUCCAUUAUUGUGACUCCUGGUACUGUCUGUCUACGCAUUACUGUGACUCCUGGUACUGUCUGUCCAUUAUUGUGA